GUGUGUUUGUGUUUUGAAAUAAAAAAAAGAUGACAACAAAAUCAGAACCCGGAAGUGACAAAUCUUUGGACAAGACAUUUCAAAUGGGUUGAGCAGGUCAGAUUGCCUUUUCUCUUCAAAACUUCAAGGUGCCUGGUCUAUUCCUCACGUCUGGGAUAACCUGUCAAUAGCUGACGGUACAGUGUCCGGAUUAAGAAUAGAUUUGAACGGAAGUCUCGUGGUGACCAAACUAACUUGUUUUAUGAACCAAGGAGACUUCUACAUUGUAACAUCAAGCAACCUACGAGGACCUAAAGGAGACUACUCAAUAUUCAUGUGUUGGGAGUUUGUCUCGGUUACCUAUGACACGUUUCUAUUCUAUCAGCUGACUGCACGUGACGGCGUUGUCAACAAUGGUUCCUGGGUUGCAAGAGGACGUAAUGCCAACAUUAGCGAGGAUGACGUCUGCUCGGAGCAAACCCAUUCAGCCAACUAUUACCCCAUGUUCCGAAGAGACAUUGAAGCUUGGAUCAACUUUCCACUGUGUCCAAAGUUUGUAGUUGACCAGGUCCUUGACUGUAGAUCAAGGGCGUCCACUUGUAAGAAUGCUGAUCAAAACUUAUAUAGACCAGAAAGCUCCAUGAUGGCGUGUCAGAGCUUUAAGCUAAAGUGUGCAUUCUUGUAUCUGGCCAACACAGAGCUGGAUGGAGACAAGGUCAUUUGUGUGCAGGGCGAGGAUGCAUUCGGUAACUUCUCUGUUGGAUUUUAUUUGGGGGUUUGCAAAUUGUUACGGAAUGAUCUCACCAUGCCGUGUGAUCAAAGUGGAUGGUCAGCUGUUGCAUGUCAUGGCAGACGUGUUGAACUGGCCUUAACUGGUCCAACAUUUAUUUCUGUACUUUGGAUUUCACGACUAUUUGUGACGUUUUGACUGUGAUACGGCCAAGGGAAGAAACUCAUGCAUGUUAGACUUUAGGCUUACUCCUCUUUUUUCCCAGAGAUUUAUUAAAAUUUUGUAUUCUUAUUCUCGAUCAAUAGAUCAAAAAAGAUAUACUCAAUUUUGUAUGCACCUGAUUUUUUGACUAUUCGUGAUCAAUCAAAUACAAUUCUUAAUAAAAUUUUGUUGUUGACUCAUAAGUAACAUAUCCCUUAUAAACACUCCAGUUAUCGGAAAUAUAUCUGAAACGAAAGAGUGCACGACGAACAAACUCCCAAUUAUCAAUAUGAUAUUAUUUCAAGGGAGAGAACGAGAGAGAGAGAAAACUAGAAUAAGAGAAAAAGUAAGAGAGAAAGAAAGAAAUAGAGUUAGAUAGAACAAAGAUGUUAGAAAGAGAGAGAGAGAAAGGAAAUGAGAGAAAAAGAGAAAUAGAAAAAGAAAUAAGAGACAGAGGGAAUAUAGAAGAUUAAGAAAAUGACGGAUUGAAACUAAAGCUAUCAGAAAGAAAGAUGGAUUAAGAUUAAAAAAUAAAGCAUUAUUUAUAUAGGUAUAUAUAUAUAUAUCCUCCUAUUGUAUAGACACAAAUCUGCCUUUCUAUUUCCCCAAUCAUGUGUACUGUUGGGAAAUAUGUUUCUUCAAAUCGAAGCAUUGCCGAAAUAUUGAUCCGAAUUAAUCAGGCGUACAUUGACGAUUUCACCCAGCAGACGAUAUGAUUUCUCUUAAAUAUUAAAGAUAAUAUAAGCUACCAUGUAGUGAUUGAUCUAAAUAAAUCCUUUGAUCACACUCUGUAACCUGUGUUUGAUCUAUCCUUAUCAAACUCAGUCAUGUACGUAAAAGAAUCUAUAAAAUAUCAAUCAAAAAGCAGAUACAUUGUUCAAUUGUGUGUUUUGCACAGAAAUAACCAAUUGCAAUACAGAAACACGCCAUUAGCAACAAUUCUUAUUAAGACACGCUCACAUGAAUUAAAGAACUAGACAGUUUAAAGGAAAAAAAAAAGUUUAUUAUAAUAAAUGUUAAUUUAAUGUGUUGCUAUUGGACAAAAAUAUAUUAGGUCAUACCUGGAUUAGCUUGUCACUUGUAAUGUUGCACUUUAUCCUCGGACCAGAAGAUAUUCGCAUUAUUACUUUGUUCAUGCGUUAUUUUGGGUUCACAAUUUUUUGCACAUACAGUUUCACGCCAGGGCCGACCUUAGGCAUAAGCAAACUAGGCAGCCUGGGGCCUCCUAUAGGUGUGGACCUCGCACGGGACUAAAAAAAAAAAUUAGAGAAAAACAUACACAAUAGAUGGAUCAGUUCUCAAUCAUAGUACAGCACUCGACUAUGACUAUGCUUGCUAGUCUAACACUGUCUCCUCUAUUGAAAUUCAAGUUAUUAGUCGAUUUAGAUAUAGAAGGGCAAGUUUUUAUCAAUUGCUUCUUUUUUUAUUUUCUGGCUUUCCUUUUUUUUUUAUUGUUUCAUUUUGGGCUCCCAAAUUCACUUCGUCUUGGGCCUCCAAUUAUACAAGUUGUAGCAGUUGUAGCAGAAGUUUUCUGGUGAUGUCUUCCUUACACAUAUGAUUGUCGUUAUGAAGGUAGAAGGUUCGAUUAUCUCCAUCUGCCUUAAAUAUCCCUUAUAGCGAGUAAAAAUUACUUAAUGUAUUCCUUUUCUUUAUUGCGAAUUUCAUGGGCGAUCGGUCUUUGCAGUUUCGCAUUACAUACAUCAUUGAAUACCUAGAACGAAUACGAUUCUAUCAGAGGGUCAAUCAGGCCUUGUUGGCAGUUCUGGGCCAAAGUCAAAAUAUUCUCAUCCUGUGUCGAGAGCGAUUUCAAACACAAGGGCAAUUGAGAGAAAUGUGAAGUUGUUGGCCUUGACUAGUUCACACGGAACCGGUCAAAACAACUGGACAAAUGAUCAUUACUAUACAUUGAUCUGUUCCUAUCAGACCCAGUCAUGUACGUAAAAGAAUCUAUAA